AUGCUCUUACUCAACCUACUUGUAUUUAUUUGUUCUGUUGGUCCACCGGUUUUCGGAUAUACCUCAGCGGCGGGCUCACACUACGUCCGCGAGCAUACGUGAGUUGAUUGAAUUUUUAUGGAAUUUUUUGCCAAUUUUGGGAUUGGAAAAAAAUUUUUUUUUAUUUUUUUGUUUUAAAUCGAAUUGGGUAAAAUACGCCUUGCAAUGCGAACUUUUUUACAGCAAAUUUUUUUCCAAAACUCGAUUUUUUGAAAACAAAAUUUUUUGGGGUUUUCAAAAUUUUGAUCAGAAAAAAAUUUUUUUGUUUUUUGCAAAAAUUACAUUGUAAAAUACGUCCAAAAAAUCGUCGGACCGUUUCUCAAAAAAUUUUUACUUUGACCUUCCCGUAUCCGACCUUUGCCUUUACCCUAUUUUCGAAAACACGUCCUCCCACUGGUUAAUGAAUGCCCAAUUAGGGAAAAUACAAUUCUAAAUUUUUAAACAUGUUAUUCUCGGAGCAAACCCCACAAUUUUAACGAAAAAUUUUUUUAGGUUCAAGACAAGAUAUUGCUACAGCUGCAUGUCACGGGACUUUGAAAAACAUUGGUCGUACUUGGAUCAGGUAGGAUUUUUUUUGAUUUUAUUGACUUUACUGUGCUCUAGGGAAUUGGGAAAAAUUAAUUUUUCAAAUUUUGUGAAUUUUUCAAAAAAAAUUACGUGCACAGUGCAGACAAAAAAAUAUUUUUUCGCACAGUGCGGCGAAAAAAUGGAUUUGACUGCACUGUGCGGGAACUUUUUUAUAUGCCGUUUAUGGUCAGAGAGGGGUUAUUUAUAACGUAUUUAGAGAAUGAAAGCCUUUUUUCGCUGUGCGAUAAACAACAGAAGCAGAAAUUUGAAAUUUUUUUUGUUGCACUGUGCAUUAAAAAAGAUUUGUUUGUAAUAGAGAAAGUUCGUUAUAUAGAGGGUUCCUAUUGUAUAAUAUGCCCUUAGGCAAUCUAGGAGAUAGCGUUGGACAUAUUUUUAUAUUCGUCAAAUUUGCUAUGCAGCAGUUAUAUCUCAUCUUUCCCGAUUGCACCGUGCAGUCUCCAAUUUUUUCUGCCCAAUGCGAAAUCCUUAUUAUUUCCUAUUCCAAAAGUUGCACUUUUUCGCCAAAAUUGUUGUCAAUGUCAUUGCCAACUCCUCUUUGCAUUCAUCAAACCCUGCGGCGAUGAAUAUCCCGGCUGCGGAUUAAAUUCUCUCGCUUCGCCAAACUUUUUGGGCAUUGUGUUACUUUUAUUUUAUUUUUAUGAUGGCCGGUCGGUUCGUUACAUCCGGCCCCCCGAAUUUUAAUGUCGCCCGGAGGGGCCGAAUUUCGAAAAUAAUAUAUCCAAAAAUCCUUUGAGCAAAAAAUUGCAAUUGGCCCAUGCGAAGACGCGGAGGGAAGAGAAAGGAGGGGGAUUUUUAAAGUCGGUUUCGGAUUACAUUAGAACGCGAUUCUGUGUCGGGCCCAACUUUUGGAGGGGGAGGCCUAAUGGCUGAGGAAGCACUCUAUAGACGGAAAACAAGGUACAUGAGGGAGGGACAGGUAAGAAAUGGAUAACAAGGCGAAAAAACAAGAUUAAUGAGGAGCACAAUAAACAAGGAAUACAAGAUAAUGCAAAUGAUUGCAAAAAUGAAUCAGCAGGUAUGGGCUAAUGUGACCAGAAAUGUGUUUUUUACUAGUCGGUCCGGAAAGUUACUGGACUGAAAUCGGCGACACGCACUGUGCGAAAACCAAAGUUCACUUUGCACUGUGCAAUUUUUUUCUUUUUGCGCCAUGCAGCGCCAAAAAUCAGUCCGGCGACUUUCCGGAAGGACUAGUAUUCAAUGUCGUCAUUUUUUACGUUCUAUCGCCUGCAAAAUCUCGCCUUGUCUCUGCCACUCCAACAAGCUGUAUGCUAAAUUUCUGGACAUUGAUUUAUGAGGUACUAACAUAAGAUCAUGCCAGCAAAAAAUAGAGAAAAUAAAAAGAAUCAUCCUUUAUUGACCUUCAAAAUAUCAAAAAAAUAUGUAAAUAUAUUCUAUGCAGUAAAGCAGGAGCUAAAUUAUGAAUACUUUCAGAUCUACUACCGACCCAUCAAUUUCACCGAUGAAUGCCAUUCGAUGACGCCGGAGAAAUUCAUCGGGCGAACUCCGUGCGGUCACUCGUUGUGUGUGACUGUAGUCGAACCAAGGGUGCUAGCGGGUAAGUAUAAAAUACGUCGCUAUUUGAAGUAGUUCUUACUUUCCAAUAGGAUUCAAAAUGUUUUUUAGUCAUCUUUUUUUGGGGGUUUUGUGAUUUUAGUCAUCAUUUUUACGUUAUUCCAAAGAAAUGUAAAUUUCACGCACUUAUUAAAGACGUAUUUUACAAUAAUUUCGUACAGCCAAUGGUCCUUACCAGACAUUACUUUUCUUUCUAUAAGCUCUAUGACCAAUUUUCCCAAUAAAAUUCUCCUCUGUCCCUUCUGGAACACAGUAGUUCCUGACCUUGUCCGCAUCACCGCGCCGAUACAAUGACUACAUUUGUCAACGAAAAAAUCUUUUUUCAAAUUUCUUUGAGGUUCAGGCCAAGUAAAUAACGCUCUGUUUUCAGGCCGCUAUGUGGGGAACAACGUCAUCCGCGGCUGUUUCUCGACCGUGUUCAAGUACGGCGAGGUGCCCGUCAACAAUGCCGCAGGUUGGUCUUCUUCCUUUUCGGUCCGAGUGGGCCCUGAAUAUUCAAACAAAUUGGCGCCACUUAAGACCCCAAAACACAUCUGGUUUUAAGUGAAUACUAGUGCUGGAAAAGAAUUAAUUCUCGGAAAAAAACUACUGCUUGAGAUAAAGCAAGUAGAGGAAGAACAAUUAGGCACUUUAGAAUGAUGAAUAAUGGGUCAACAUUAUUGGAGGUGCAGUAGUUUUUUAUGGGGCAGAUGGAAGUGUUUGAGGAAUUAAUUUAUGAUUACGUUUCUUCGAAAAUCCAAAAUUAGAGAAACAAGAGGUAACUGGCUAAGUGCUUGAGGCUCAGCGUUGGAAAUUAGACAAAUCAUUAAACAAAUUUGUCAGCGAUAUGAUACACGUCCAACGCGUAAAAUUUGGAAAAUUUUCUAUGGAUAACUAGCUCAUAUCUUACAAAAUAGACCGAGAUUUUUACGGUCAGAAGGAGCCAAAAAACCAGGUUUUCUUACAGUAGAAGGAAAACACAAUUGUCUUGCACAAAGGUUGCAACGAUACGCCCAAAACCGUAUACAUAUCUGGUGGCUUUUUCUAAUAAGCUCAUGCUGUAGAAUGCUAUUAUCGCCUAGGCACAUAGGCAAUAGAAGACGGCUCGAAAAAGUUCUACAGAGCGAAAAAAUAAAUCGCAAUGCCUUUUUGGGUGUUUUGGUUGCAAAAUUUCCACUCAAUCUCGUGUAAUAUCCAACGAUCGCUAGAUCAUAUCAAAGUUCCAGACUAAUUUUUUGCUUCUUUCAGAAACAAGUUGUUCCGCCUUUGGGAUGAACCGCCUCCUCCCCAAACAUUUGGCUGCCAAAUCGUCUAAUCGCACCGUCGAACUUUGCACUUGCAUUGGCAAUCUCUGCAAUGACUAUCCAUGGGCUCCGCCCAAUUCCGCCUCCAGGGUGCUGGGAACGACGUUCACGCUGAUUGGAGUGUUUUUAUUAUCCCAUUUUUGA